AUUGAAGCAAACCAAUAUGCAAAGAAAUUAGUUGGAAAUUGGCUACCAGAUGAUUACUCCACCACUGUUGAUGAAGAUAUAUUAAAUAUUUCAUUCAAACCGGAUAUUUUUCAAAAACAAUCUUUCUAUUUUUUACAGAAACAUGAAUCUGUCUUUGUCUCAGCUCAUACAAGCUCUGGAAAAACACUAGUAGCCGAAUAUGCAAUACACUUGGCCCUGAAGCGAGGCAAUCGUGUAAUUUACACUUCCCCAAUAAAGGCUCUUUCAAAUCAAAAAUUCUUUGACUUUAAAAGUAGAUUUGAAAAUGUAGGGUUAAUAACUGGAGAUGUCCAAGUAAACCCUGAAGCAAACUGUCUAAUUAUGACCACUGAAAUUCUAAGGAAUAUGGUUUAUAGGAACUCAGACCUAUUAAGAACUACAGAAUUCGUCAUUUUUGAUGAAGUUCAUUAUAUUAAUGAUUGUGAUCGUGGAGUAGUUUGGGAGGAAUCGAUAAUUAUGCUACCAAAGCAUAUUUGUCUUGUGAUGUUGAGUGCCACAAUUCCAAAUUCUAUGGAAUUCAGCGAAUGGGUUGGGCGCACUAAAGAAAGAUGUAUAUAUGUUAUUUCUACGGAAAAACGGGCAGUUCCAUUAGAAUUUGUAAUUUACAGUGAUUUUGAAGCAUAUUCCAUUGCAGGAACCAAAUUAGAGGCAGAACCAACUAAUUUUAAAAAUUGUCUGCUUCCAUAUUCAAAAAAGAUCAAACCAGGAGGGCGAUUUAGGAUUAAUGACCUGGGCCAUUUUGUAACCAAUCGUAGGUUGAUACCAGCAAUAUUUUUUUCAUUUUCGAAAAAACUGUGUGAAGAGUAUGGAAGGAGCUUGGAAACUUUAGAUUUGACCAACCCCAUGGAGAAAAAGAAGAUCGAUCAAUUUUUGGUUAAGGCUAUGUGCAAUUUAACUGAUGCUGACAGAUACCUCCCACAGGUAUGCAGAAUGUCAGAACAAGUGAGAAAAGGAAUUGCAGUACAUCAUGGUUCGUUGUUGCCUUUUGUCAAGGAAUGUAUAGAAAUUCUUUUCUCACAAAAUUUAGUUAAAAUUCUUAUUGCUACUGAAACAUUUGCAAUGGGUGUUAAUAUGCCUGCUAAAUGCUGUGUAUUUUUAUCUUUAACAAAAAUUGAUAAUUCCCAUUAUCGAUAUUUGGAAACUGGGGAAUUCAUUCAAAUGAGUGGGAGGGCGGGAAGAAGAGGUAUGGAUAAAGUCGGAACAGUUAUUAUCGCAGAUCAGCGCAAUCCUCCUCUGACCACCAUCAAGAAAGUGAUAGAUGGACAUCCACUUAAUUUGAGCUCUCAAUUUAAGUUAAGUUUUUCGCUGAUCCUGAUGGCUCUUCGAGGAAAUAUUACUGUAGAGGAUCUUAUGAGAAGUAGUUUCAAAGAACAUGAGGUACAAAAAGGGUUUUCAACAGAUAUGAUCAGGUUGAGUAGCCUAGAGACUUCUCAAAAACUCCAGUGCUCCAACUGUGAGGAUGAGAUUCGGGGAAUUCAAGGCGAUUACCGUUCAAUUGUUGAGUACACCAUUAAUAAUGAGAUCAGUUUUAUUAAAAACAAAUAUUCAGAAAAAAGUUUGGUUCAGAUGGAAGAAUACACAGCUAGAACUAAGUUUCUGGUCGAGAAAGGAUUUGUUGUAGAUGGAACAGUUACGAUUAAAGGACGGGUGGCAGCAGAAAUUAGAACGGUUAAUGAUGUUUUCGUAACAGAAUUGGUAUUUGGAAAUUUUUUUGAAGAUUUAACUUUUCCAGAAACUCUUGCUUUGAUGAGCUCCAUGAUAUAUGAAGAGGAUACUGAUGGCCAAGACUUAAAUGAAGAGUUUAUUUCAAGAUUUGAUGAAAUCAAACAAGCAUAUACAGAGCUUCAAACUGACAUCGACAAAUUAAGCAUACCAUGCUUCCAAUCAUUAAAUUUUGGAAUGGCCCAAGCUGUUUAUGAUUGGGCAAAUGGGAUUGGUCUUGGUCCAAUAGUUGCAAAGCAUUCGAUUCAGGAAGGAUCAUUUGUCAGAUUGAUCUUGAGACUUGAUGAGUGUUGUAGAGAAAUGGUAAAUGUGGCCAUUCUUAUAGGAAAUGCAGAUCUUGAAAGGAAAUUUAGUGAAAGUAGUUCGAUGAUCAAAAGAGAUAUUGUUUUCAUGCCAAUCCCAACUCUU